AUGGCUGAUCUUUCACGCCAUUUUCGCUUCGGCAGAUUCUCCAUCUCCACGACCGGCUUUAUAAUUUUCGCCCUCUCGGUACUAUACCUCCUCUCCCUACGCUACUACCACAACACCAGCUAUCGCGAUCCCACAUCCUUCUUCUUCGAUGCGACCCGAGCCUACGAAAGACUCUACUCGUCGAAGCGAAUCGCGGAUGCCGAAGCUUUUCUUCGCGCCUCCGACAAUGUCGAUCCACCCACCGGAACCCCGGACACGCCACCGACAAUGUGUCUCGGUAUCGUAACAGUCCGCCGACGAGGCGACCAAUACGUCGGACUGACAGUAGCUUCCCUCCUGGAAGGCCUCACCGAGUCCGAACGAAAGAGCGUCUUCCUCGACCUGCUCAUCGGCAACACCGACCCUACCGCGCACCCCAUCUACUCCGAAAAAUGGGCACACACCCUCCCAGACCGUCUCCUGAAAUACCCCCCAGACCACCAGGACUUUGAACAGAUCCAGAAAUGGGAAGAGGGCGGGUGGUACCGCAACAAGACGAUCUACGACUACACGCAUCUCAUGCGGGACUGCUACGACACGGGCGCCGCAUACAUCGCCAUGAUCGAAGACGACACGCUCGCCGUCAAGGGCUGGCUGCCCUCCGCACUGCAGGCGCUCAGUGUCGUCGAGCAGCAAACCGCCGGGGAGGACUGGCUGUACCUCCGGCUGUUCUACGUGGACAACCUCCUCGGCUGGAACGCUGAAGAGUGGCCGAGAUACCUCGUCUGGUCGUUUGUCGUAUGGGCGUGUCUGACGGGGACGAUGCUCGUCGCGAGAAGGAACCUUAAAUCUGUCAGAUCACUCCCCGUCAGCGCUGUAUGGAUCGUAUCGGGCGUGUUCGUCCCAGCCGGUGUCGCGCUCCACUUCCUGGCCGGCCGACAGACGAUGUGGCCGCUCUCCCCGGGUGUCCACGAGAUGAAUAAAUAUGGGUGCUGCUCACAAGGACUCGUCUUUCCACGCGCCACUGUGCCGCGAUUUCUCGACCAGACAGAUCUGACGACCGAUUGGUUGGUCGACAUGAUGGUUGAGAAGAUCGCGGACCGCGAGCAGUGGUCGCGCUGGGCGAUCGUCCCGCCACUGCUGCAGCAUAUUGGCGCGACAAGCUCCAAAGGAUACGGGUUUGACGAUUCUGCAAAGACGUUAUGGAAUUUUAGAUUUGAAGAAUACCCAUACUAG